CAUCGAGCCGUGAUGUAAAAAAUUUACUUUUUUAUUCACUGCCCCUCAAAAAAUAAAGAAACCAGAUUCCCGCACACCAAAUAGACAAGACUCUGUCCUUCUAUUUCGUCUCACUCUUUUCUUUUCACUCUAAAGAAGGAAAAGAAAAAAUUCACUUCCAUUAAUCAAAACCUUCAAUUUUGUAUAUUUACCUUUUCAGUUCGUGCAUGUUUCACCUUUGCUCUUCGUUUUAACCGUUUGUUUUUGAACUGCAUUUUCGAAUUUCUUUGGGAUAGCUUCAGGAUCAAGUUAAGAUUCUCGUCUUCGAUUGGUUGAGGUUAAGAAGGUUUUCUUGGGCCGUACCAUAGCUCAAGGAAAAUGAGUGGAAAUAGUUCUGGUGGGGAUGCUGAUAAUUUUAACUGGGAUACGGAAGAUGAGCUGGAAAUUGAUAAUUAUACCAUCUCCUCCCAUUCAGGAGUGUCACUUCCUCAUGGAGAAGCUGUUUUGGGUGCAGCAGAGGCAAGCUUGGGUGCGGAUUCUCCCAAUUCCAAGAUAAUUGAUCAUUUUGUCGGAAUGGGGUUUUCGAAAGAAAUGGUUGCCAAAGUGAUUGAAGAAAAUGGGGGGGAAAACUCAAAUUUGAUACUUGAAACUCUUCUUCAGUACUCGGCAAGCUCAUUAGCUAGUUCUUCCAAUUCCAAGUUGAUCGAUCAUUUUGUAGGGAUGGGGUUCUCUGAAGAAAUGGUUGUUAAAGCAGUGCAGGAAAACGGAGAGGGAAAUACAGAUACCAUAUUGGAGACUCUAUUGACGUAUUCGGCUCUUGAAAAAUCUGUUCCCAUGCAGCAAAUUGCUGAUUCUGGUUACUGCUCAUCAGAUUAUGAAGGGAGUUUUCUGGAUGAUUUCUCAGAUACUGAUAGUUCUUCUGAGACUGAGGAAUUCAUGAAUCCUGAUUCUGAUGAGGAGAGAAAAUUGUUACACUUGACAAAAAUGGGGUUCUCAGAGGUGGAGGCUUCAAUAGCCAUGGAGAGAUGUGGUCCAGACUCCUCAAUUGCAGAGUUGACAGACUUUAUAUGUGCUGCUCAAAUGGCUAAAGCUGCCGAUGCACUUUUUCCCCUCGAAGACAAGAAGCCAUUUAGCAAUGACUUUAAUCACAAGAAGAGGCGAAACUUGGACUAUGAUAAGUGGAAAAGGAAGAAGCAGAUGAAGCUCGAAAAGAGGCUUAAUGAAAUUGAUGAUGCACUUCACCUUCCAAAUCCUAUGAUUGGUUUUGGGGUCCCUACUGAAUCAGAUCAGAUCAUUCAUAGAAAACUUCCAGAAGCUGCUAUUGGGCCUCCUUAUUUCUACUAUGAGAAUGUGGCACUUGCUCCAAAAGGGGUUUGGAGCACCAUUUCACGGUUCUUAUAUGAUGUGGAGCCAGAGUUUGUUGAUUCAAAGUAUUUUUGUGCUGCUGCAAGGAAAAGGGGUUAUAUUCAUAAUCUGCCAAUCGAUAACAGAUUUCCCCUUCUUCCAUUUCCACCGCGCACCAUACAUGAAGCUUUUCCAUUAACGAGGAAAUGGUGGCCUUCAUGGGACACAAGAACAAAGUUGAACUGUUUACAAACAUGCACAGCUAGUGCGAGAUUGACAGAUAGGAUCCGCAAAGCUCUUGAACAUAAUCAUGAUGAGCCACCUUUGAGUGUCCAAAAGUUCGUUCUUGAUCAAUGCAGAAAGUGGAAUCUGGUCUGGGUUGGAAGGAAUAAAGUUGCUCCACUUGAACCUGAUGAAGUGGAAAUGCUUUUGGGUUUCCCUAGAAAUCACACACGGGGAAUUAGUCGGACCGAUAGAUAUAAAUCACUUGGUAACUCAUUUCAGGUUGACACAGUGGCUUAUCAUUUAUCGGUUUUAAAAGACAUGUUCCCUGAAGGUAUCAAUCUCCUGUCUCUUUUCUCUGGGAUUGGUGGUGCAGAGGUUGCCCUCCACCGACUUGGCAUCCCUUUGAAGAAUGUGGUAUCAGUGGAGAUAUCGGAAGUGAACAGAAAUCUUGUUCGGAGUUGGUGGGAGCAAACUAAUCAGAGAGGGACUUUGAUUGACAUACCAGAUGUGCAAGAACUGAACGGUGAUCGGUUGGAGCAAUUGAUGAGUAGAUUUGGUGGAUUCGACCUUGUCGUUGGUGGGAGUCCAUGUAACAAUCUUACUGGUAGCAACAGACAUCAUCGAGACGGACUCGAGGGUAAAGACUCUGCACUCUUCUUUGAUUAUUGUCGUAUACUAGACUUGGUUAAAUGUAUAACGGCGAGGAAUCAAUGAUUUCAUGUGAAGGGUCUCAUUCAUGAAUACUUGAUUUGAUUCCAAUUUAUUUUUUUCUUGCAUCCUCAAUGUUGUCUGAACAUAACAUUGAAUAAUGUCUUACAUUCAUUCAAACCGUUAACAUUAAAGUCAAAGGGAAGUGAAAAUUAUUAAAGUUGAUGGGAAAGUCGUUGGAUGCUGUUUUUUUUUUUUUGACUAAAUAUAUUUGUCAUUGGGCAUCUCUCCAUUUUACUCGAGAGUUAACACACUGUUUGGAUGAUGGUGAAGAAAAGGUUUUAUUGUUCACGUUCAAAAGUGCAGCAAAUGAGCUGGAAGCUGAGCUUGCAGCUGUCCUGGGAAUCCUCUAUGAUAUGGAGU